CUUUGUUAUGUCAGGCUACAUUCUGGAAGGUUAAGGUUUAAGAGUGGAGGUUACAUUCUGGCAAGUAAGAAGAGAAAUUUUGAUUUUUGGUGGGGAAUCCUUGGUGGGGACUCAUUUUGCUGCUAUAAAGAUUUCCCUCCCUAUAUGGCAGUCUAUGGAAGACAUUAUUGGAAGUUUUGAGUAUCCAUUACAGCUUUGCAGAAACAGGCUUUGGGCAUAUGAAAUAUAUGACUGAGAAUGAUGACAGACAGCAUUGACUGGUUACAAAGCCAGAGUGGACUCUGUAAAAUUGAUCGCUAUACUCCCAGUGAUGAGGAGGAACAGAGUUGGACAACUGAUUCAGCUAAACUUUUCCAACAAAAUUCCCCUGAUCCACUAAAAGUCUUGAGCUGGCUUCGAAAAGAUCUGGAGAAGUGUGCAAUUGGAGUCCAAAAUGUACUGAAUGCCAGUAAUAAUGCAGGUGGUGCAAGAUCAAGGGAGACAUCUACAGAGAGACAAAGCAUGCAGAAGCGUAAUGUACAGUCCCCAGGUGGUUACAGUAUCUGUGAUGAGGAAUUAAGUGUCAAUGUCAGCUCCAACAGGGACUCUCCUAACUUCCACUUGACAAUGAAGGCUGCUUGUCAAAAGGGAUCUAAGGAUGAAGAAAGUGAUGGAUCAGCUUCACCAAACACAAAUCCUGAUCCAGAUGAAGUCUCUUUUUAUUGCAAUAGGCUUUCUAACCUUGCUAUAGCAAUGGCACGCAAAGAAAUGAAUGACCGGUCAGAUGGCAACACAACAUGCAUACAUAAGUCCACCUUUGCUUCCGGAGACCAUGGACACAGGUCUAUUGGAGUGGGUACAGAUGACUGCAAGCACAAUCCAUCUAAAAUGUGUGAAUGUAAAUAUGAAGGAAGUCCUAGUUCUAAGAAGAAAGCCUCAUUUUAUUACAAAGAGGAAGAAACAGAAAUACCUAACAAAAGUGAACCUUACAGUGAUGAGACCAAAGCCUGCAACCAUAGAAAGCGCUUUGGUGCAGAUGAAUACACCAAUUCAUUAAGCAAAGGCAUAUUGGUUUAUGCUAAUAAUGUGGUUUCAGACAUGAUGGUUUCUGUUAUGAAAACCAUGAAAGUUAAAGUAAAUGACUCUAAUAUAGCUUGUGCAGUGUUAAAAAAGGUACUGCUAAAGCAUUCCAAGGAGGUUGUGUCUGACUUGAUAGACUCCUGUAUGAAAAACCUGCAUGAUGUUACUGGAACACUCAUGACUGAUUCUGAUUUUGUUUCAGCAGUGAAGCGGAGCCUUUUCACCCAAGGAAGCCAAAAGGCUUCUGAAAUUGUCCAAGCCAUGCUUAAUCGGUUACAUAAUGCUUUGAUUGUACAAAAACAGGUAAAUGAGAAAGCCAAGUCUCAGAGCAUGGCCUUUGCAACUGUCAAGACAGGUCCAGGAACUGAUACAAAAACUCAAAACAUGAGAUUUUCUGCCACAAAAACAGAAACAGUUAAGGAAAAGGAAAUGACCUGUGCAGAAACAGUUGGCAAUCACAUAAUAAAGGAGGGCCUCUCCAUGUGGCACCAGAAACAACAGAAUGACAAUACAGGAUCAAAUCCCCAGUCAAAGGCAACGUGGAAUCCAGAAAAUCAAGAACUUGGUAACCUUUCAACAGAUUCCUGGGCAAGAGACCUGAUUGUGACAGCAUUACUGCUGAUUCAGUAUCAUCUAGUUCAGCAGGAGAAUGCAAUGAAGGAUGCAGGUGAAGGUGGCAGAUCCAGCAAGGCAGCUGGCACCACAUUUGGGUUUAUGUCUCAAGAUAAAAGUGGUAAUGCCUCGGUGCUCCCUUCCUCAAAGCAGUAUGACACAACUAAAAAGAGUGAUGAUGAACAAUCUGAAACGAAUGCUGAAAAUGAUAUGUCAAGUGUGGUAGUAAUGCUUAUCCAGAAGCUCAUCAAUGAGACAGUCAACAAAUUAGGAGGAAAUGCUAAUCUGCCUUUGAUGGCUGAUGAACCAUAUAGGGGUUCUUACAAAUGCCCUGAGGGGCCUGGGCCUUCAGGCUUUUCGGAAGCAGACCAUUCUUAUGAAGAUGCUAUAUCUGGACUGACCAAAAUGAUUCUGGAUCAGUUUGACGUCAACAAGAAAGAAGGAGGCAGUGGGCCAUUCAUUGACAACCUGGUGGAUACAGUGACCAAGCUGUGUCUUAUGAUAGCCAAAUACAGCAAUCCUGAAUCAGGUCUUGGAGAUAUGGGAGAUGGUGAAGAUGCCACUGGUCCUAUAUAUUCAAAGGACAUAGAAUCUGCAGAAAGUCGAGUAGGGUCUGGUGAAGACACUGUGUCCCACCGCAAAGUGGUUGUGACCAACCAAAAUGCUCCUGAAAACAUCCACAACAAACAGCUCCAAGCCAUCCUUCAGUGGGUAGCAGCUUCUCAGUUAAACGUCCCUGUGUUGUACUUCAUGGAUGAUGAUGAAGAUGCCCUAAAUAAGCUCCAACAACUCUCCACGGUGGCAGUGGAAAGGGGCUACAGUGUAGGAGAAGUUAUGCAGGCAGUUCUGAAGUAUGAGAAGGAAAGGCAGCUGGGAGAGGCACUGGGCAACUUUGUACGGCUGCCAGUACUGGACUGGCUGCUUCAAAACCUGUGAACAAAACAACUUCUUCUGUACUCUUUGCUGAUAGGCUUCUUUUCCUUCACAGCACAGCCCUGUCAGCCUUAAUUGUCACAGCACUCAUUUGUCAAAUAUGAUUUCAUGAGUUUUACUGACCCUACCCCCUGCUGAGCAGUCAUAUGAAUAAAAGAAGGAAAUACUUAAA